AUGGGCGUAUUGUGGAAUUUUGUGCUUACGAGUCUACUCCUGACGAACGCUGUGUGUAUUCUACACGAAAAGCGAUUCCUACGUCCCCAUGGUUGGCACAAGGUGGACUCGUCUCAGGGCAUGACCAUCAAGAAUCAGAUUGUGGGAUUUCUCAUUGCCGUGCAGUAUUUACGCUUUCCACUCAUGAUUAUCAACACACUUAUGAUUCUUCUCGAGUUAAAUCUCCAGGAUCUCGUCAAGGGAAUUCGUUCUACCAAAGGUGAUGUAACGAUCUACAUUGCACAAGCAUUACAAGAAAUUAAAGCAGAACUUCGUAGUACCGACCCUUUUUUAAAAGCACAAGCCAUACGAAAACUCACGUAUCUUCAUAUGCUGGGCUAUGAUAUGUCGUGGGCUGCUUUUCAUGUCGUUGAAGUCAUGAGUUAUGAACGUUUCGCACAUAAACGAAUUGGCUACAAUGCUGCCUGUCAAAGCUUUACCCAAUCAACGGACGUUGUUUUAUUAUGUACCAAUUUAUUAAAAAAAGAAUUUGGAAGUCUCAAUGAACAUGAAGUUGGACUUGCUAUUAAUGUCUUGGCGAAUAUUGUCACGACGGACUUGGCACGGGAUUUACUGGGUGAUGUCUUAGUCAUGAUGGAAUCGUCAAAACCAUAUGUUCGAAAGAAAGCUACUCUUGUGCUGUACAAGAUGUUUCUACGGUAUCCCCAAGGAUUACGACUCUCUUUUGACAAACUUAAAGAGAGAAUGGAAGAACCAGAUAUUACCGUUGUUUCCUGUGCAGUUAAUGUCAUUUGUGAAUUGGCAAAUAAAAAACCCAAGAAUUAUUUAGGACUGGCACCGGAAUUUUUUCGUCUUCUGACAACAUCGUCCAACAAUUGGAUGCUCAUUAAAGUUGUCAAGUUGUUGGCGAGUUUAGUACCGGAAGAACCUCGUCUUGCUCGGAAACUAUUGGAUCCAUUGGCCACCGUGAUUCAAAACACACCGGCCAAGUCGUUGCUCUACGAGUGCAUUAGCACCGUCACGACGGCAUUGCUGUAUACAAAAAAGAGUGACGGAUCACAGCCGCGCAAUGUGGCAGCAGUUGUUCGACUUUGUAAUGACCACUUGCGCCGCUACAUUGAAGACCCAGAUCAAAAUUUACGCUACUUGGGACUUGUUGGUCUCAGUAACUUGAUGAAGUCGCAUCCGUACGUGGUCAAGGAUCAUCAGGAGCUUAUUGUCGAGUGUCUUGCCGUGGAUGAUAUUACAAUUCGUAUGCGUGCACUGGAAUUGCUGUCUGGCAUGGUCAAUCCAGACAAUGCAGUGCCUAUUAUCCGUGAGCUCAUGCGCCAGACUCUGAAUGCUGACGGUGCUUACCGACAUGAGCUCAUCACUCACAUUUUGCAUGUUUGCUCGGUCAACAAGUACGCCAACAUUCACGACUUUGACUGGUACAUUCACGUGUUGGUACAGCUUGCUCGCGUACCAGGAAACAAUGCUGCUAUGGUAGAUGCAUCACUUUCGUCGCUGUCCCCAUCGUCAGGAAGCAUGCUUGGCUCUAGCAGUAGUAGCACAAAGAUAAAAGUGACGGAUGACGAGCCAAGGAUGCGCUCGCAUGGUGUGGAGGUGGCACGGCAGCUUGUGGAUAUCGCUGUUCGUGUGAAGAGUGUACGCAGCAUCAUGGUGGACAGCAUGAUUCAGUUGUUGAUUGAAACGGAGGCGCUUAGUGGCCCGGGGGCAGGCACUCUGCAGGAAGUGUACUAUGCAGCGGCUUGGAUUAUGGGUGAGUACGUGAUGACGUUUUUGAAUGAUGUGGACGAUGAUGAAGAGGAGGACGACGACGACGAAGAGAAAGAAACAGAAGAGGAGAAGCUUCAGCGACUGGAAGAUCUUGCUGGUGAUAUACUUCAACCUCGAGCGAAUGCGUUACCUGCCCGCGUUCAGACUGUUUUCAUUCAGGCACUUCUAAAGAUUCUUGCUGCCAUGGCUGAACGUGCAGAUGAUGCCAUGUUGGAGCGUACUGCAACAGUUAUUAUGGAGCGCUUGCCAACUUUUGUUCAAAGUGAAUAUAUUGAGGUGCAAGAGCGUGCUGUGUGUCUACAGCAACUCCUACUUGCGUUAAAUAUGGGACUUGGCGCAUUAACUGCGCGAGAACGUACUGAACGUGCGUUUGAUGGGAGCGCAUCUAUUGACCCAGCCAAGAAACUUGAUGUGCUGAGCUCGUAUUUCGCUGAACGAUUGGCUCCCGUUGGUGCUAAGGCACAGCGAAAGGUGCCACUGCCUGGUGAUCUGGAUCUUGACGAGCCUUUAACUAAUGCAGAGGCAAAAUUCCUUGAAUCUGGUGGCGACGUGUCGGCAUUUUCAAAUGAAGACGAUCUUGAGGUCUCCUUUGUUAGCCAGGUUCACGCUGGUAUUGGUGGAGGUUACAGUGGUAUUAGCGAUGGAUCUCCCGAGCGAAAGCCGAAGCACAAGCACAAGCACAACCGCCGUCACCACAGCUCCUCUUCUUCCGAGUCAGAAUCCGAAUCUGAAAACUCCGCUGAUGAGAGAGAGAAAAAGAAACGUGAACAUGCGCGUGAGCAAGAGCGACUUCGCAAAGAUCCCUUUUAUCUCUCUGGCGGCUCUCAAGCAUCCACUGACGCCGGAGCUAACGCGAGCUUUGCAGAUAUGAUGGGUGCUUUGGGUACGAAUGGAAAGAAGAAGAAAGCAUCAAAGAAGUUAAAGUCUCGCGAUAUUUUUGAGGUCGAGGUGAUGCCUGACGGUGCUCGUUCUAGUGAUGAAGACCGCCGACGAUCUCGGAAAAAGCGCGUUGGUAUAGACGAAGAUGACCUAGCUGCAGUAGAUUUGAGCACCCCUUUGGGUGAAGACGAAAAGGUCCCCACUGAUCAAUGGUUUCAUCGUCAGACACCGUCUGCCAAGCCGGUGGACGACGAAAAUAAGUCGAAAAAGAGGAGCUCAAAGCACAAGAGGUCUCUUCGUGGCGUAGAUGACGGCAAGAAGAAAAAGGAGUCGUCAUCCAAGAGCUCUACUAAAUCCAAGAAGUCUUCACGAAAACAAGAGAGUUUACUAGUUGGAGGCUUUAGCGAGGAAGCAGCAAAGGCUGAGGAGAGCCGUAGCCAUUGCCGGAGCUCGUCUACAAGGACAAGCAGUAGCCACAAGAAGAGCAGCUCCAGUAAGAAUAGCGGUGAUGGCGAGAAGAGCAAGAAGAAGAGAAAGGACAAGCACAAGAGCUCCAAACGUCAGGAGGCACCGUCACCAGAACCACUCCUGCUUUUUUAG